AGUAUUCUAAGAAUUCCUUUAUUGAAGGAUAUUUGCCCACGGCCUCCUCUCAUAGUAGUGUUCCCAAGAAUCACUUCCUACAAUUUGUCAGUUUUCUAAGAUUUAUGGAACUUGUCCUCUUAGUCAUUCAGAAAUGUUUUACUGUAUUUGAUUUAUUAUAUCACUUUUGUUGUUGCAGUGAGAUGGAAAAUUUUCGAGGGAUAACGGAAGAGUCAUUUCCAAGCUUCUUAACUAAUUCAUUACUUGAUAAUAGUGGGACUUUAGAAAAUGUCACUCUUUCUUCAAAUCUUGGCCUGCCUGUUGCUGUUUCCACACUUGCUAAAAGUAGAUCCAGCACUGAUAACAGGUAUCCUGAUAUCCAGGCAUCUUACUUAGUAGAAGGGAGGUUUUCAGUUCCACCGGGGUCAUCUCCCAGCAGCCAAAGUGAUGGUGAACCCAGAGAGAGGUUACAGCUUAGCUUCCAGGAUGACGAGAAAAACUGUAUGGAAAGUCAGCAUUUGUCACAUGCUCUCCUAAAACAGCCAGCUUUUCAUGGUCACCCAUCAAGACCAGAAGAGGAACAAGCUAACCCUACACAAUCCUCGCAGGGCCAGUAUCUUUCUGAUAGGACUUCACUGCUGGAACNNNAAACAGACUCAGCUAGUGAUUUUCAUUUACAAUCAUGGAUGAAUAAUAAAGAAGACAAGAUGAUUGGGCUUGAUGCUGGGAAACAUUUUGAAGAUGAGAUUCCAAACAGUGACUUCAGCCUCACGAGCUUAUUAGACAACGAGAGGCCUGUGUCACUUACAAGCUUGGAAGAUUCUUCUGAUGAUGAUGAUAUUGAUGAUGAAAUCUUUUAUGAUGAUCAUUUGGUGGCUUAUUUUGAACAACUGGCAAUGCCAGGAAUGAUAUAUGGAGACCUAGAAGGACAAGGAGCUCCAGAAAAAGAUUUUAAAUUACCCAUAAGUGGUCUUUCUCAGGCAAGUGAAAACAGUAGCUUAAACUGUAAAUUUCGGUCAGAAAAUAACAGUUCUCUGAUUUCCCAUGGCUUACGUUCUUCGGGAAGUUCUGAAACGACUCACAAAGAAUCAGAGGAAGGCCAAGUUGUUUGUCUAGCAGGGACUAGUAAUUCUGUAGAUACUGAAGAUACUAGAAGGCCUAUAGAUGAUGUCUUACCAUUUUCCUCUAGUACUUGGAGAGCUGAGAAAGAAAAGGCAGAUAAUUUGAGGGGUAUUUUUCCAGAUACUGGCAGAGAAAGUGCAGGAAAAGGUGUUCUGGUGAAGACUCUCAGAGCUGCCAAUGGGAAACUUACGCCCAUUGAUUUUCAUGACAUAAAUGCUGAUAAAGGUGGUUUUGAUUUUACUGACCCCAUAAAACAUGGGGAAGCAUCUCCUAAUCCAUUCCAACCUUCAGCAUUCGACUCAGAAGCAGUUUUGUGUGAGAGUAGACGUGUGGACCCUGAGGCUUCUACAGUGUCCAUUCAAAACCACAUGAACGUAGCAUCUUUGAAGCCUGCUUGUGACGAGGAGGUUAACUCUGCUGAUGUUCUUUGGUCACCAACUUGUGAAAGGCGGACAUGUGAACAUCAUGAGUCCAUUGAGAAUGGUGAAGACAAAACAAAUCUCCCAGAGAGUGUGGUCUAUCAAAAUGAAGAGGGCAGAUGGGUCACUGACCUUGCCUAUUACACCUCCUUUAGUAAUGAGCGAGAUUUAAAUAUAUCUGUAAGUGGUGAGAUGAACGAAGACUUCAGAUCUGGUUCUGAAGCAUUUGAUUUGAUUGCACAAGAUGAAGAAGAAUUUAAUAAAGAGCAUCAGUUUAUACAGGAAGAAAACAUAGAUGCUCAGAACACUUCAGCUGCAUUGGGGGACACAUCCUGGGGAGCACCAAUGAAUUAUAAUCUACUGAGGAAAUCUCCUAACACAUCGGAUUUGGGUAAAGACGAGGCCAGUUACUUACGUCUGUCUUUAGGAGAGUUCUUUGCUCAAAGAUCUGAAGCUCUUGGUUGCCUUGGUGGUGGUAAAAAUGUGAAAAGACCUUCAUUUGGUUAUUUUAUUAGAUCACCAGAAAAGAGCACACCUGUUGCUUUAAUAAGAAAAUCAGAUGUAUCAAGAAGUAAUUUGGAAAAAGACAUGAGUCAUCUUAACCAUGUUCUGUUUUCAGGAGAUUUAGCUGAACAAUCCCAGACACAACUAAGUGAAGGAUCAGUAACUCUCCAGCUUGAAGCAGUGGAGAGCACUUCACAAAUGGAUGAAAGUGAAGUGACCUUAACACCUGGUGAAGGCAAAGCAGAAGACAUGUUCUUCACAAGCAGUGAGCCCCAUAGUGAUAAGGAGAAGCUCCCUGACAGUGAUGGUUCUGCCCUGAGAAUAAGCACCAUCGCUGCAGCCAUUGCAGACGCGUCAGUAAGUGCUGACCCUUCCCAGCUGGCUGCCAUGAUCAAGGCACUUUCAAAUAGAACUAGAGACAAGACUCUUCAGGAAGAUGAUAAACCAAAGGACUGUUCCACUGUGUCUCAUUUCUUACCUAGUGAUUUAGAAAAAAGUAAUGGAUCCAAUGCAUUUGAUAUGGAAAAAUACCUUAAAAAAACAGAAGUUGGUAGAUAUGAAGUUGGAUUAGAAAACUUUUCAAGAGCUAGUAUGUCUGACAUUUGGGAUUUAUCUUUGGCAAAAGAACAGACUACUCAAGACCUCCAUACAGUGGACUUAGGUGCUCCUAAUAUAAGUGUAAAGGAACCAAAGCAGAACACAGUAGCUGUUUUUUAUGGUGAAAGAGGAGAGAGUGAGAAACAGGCAUCAUUAAGAAUAAUGGCAUCUUCAGAUUCAGCUGAGAAUGAGAGUGUGGCGGUUGACAGGAAGACGUGCUCCAGCACCCACAGAUCAUCAGAGACUGGCGAGAGCGGAAACGCUCCCUCGGGUUGCCCCCCACCGUCUAGUAGUCGCUCAUCAAUAAAGAGCCCCAGAAUAACAUGCCUUUGGCUAUUAGAAGAGUGUGAAGAAACACCUGAUGGGGGAGAGACUCAGAAGCAGGAAGAGUCUGUCAGUGAGAUGAGCAGCAGUGAGAAGCACGUGACUUUCGAAAACCCUUGCGUAAUUUCACCUAAAGAUGUUGAUUUGAAAAGUACCUCUCUUGAGUAUGGUGAACAUGGUUCAGAGGAUGACCAGGAGAGCUUCAGACCUUCCACCUCACCACUGAGUCAUUCUUCUCCUAGUGAAAUUUCUGGAACAAGUUUAUCAGGGUGUGCUGUAGAGUCCUCUGGUUCAGCAGCUCCUCAGAAGCCUCACUGUGGGAGUGGGUCGUCUCAGGUGGAGAGCUCGUGUGCUGGUGUGAGCAGACUGACGUACAUGUCUGAGCAGGAGAGCACCUAUCCUACCUCAGCCACAGAUGAUGGCCCGGAGGGCUGCAAGAUUGAUACCACCAGUGAAUUGAGCACUACAAUUAUUCAAGCUAGUCCAGCUCCAUCAGAAGAACAAGCCGUGGAAAAGUUGAGAGAAAAAGUUCCAUUUCAGAAUAAAGGCCAGGGGGUAUUAUCAUGUGUCAUCCAGAACAACUCAUAUAUGAAAAAAGCAGUUAAAGCCGCCUCUCUGUGUGGCAAACCUACAGAUGUAAAACCCACCUUUAGAUCCUGUGAAGUUCCUAUCUCCAAAAGUGGAGCUCCAUUGGAAGCCAGCGAGGGGGAUUUGGCCCCACACCCUGGCGACUGGGACCCAGUCAGGCUGGCCCUCCUGAGCAUGUCGGGGCCAAGCUGGCAGGCAGGGUCAGCCCCACAUCUCCCAGUGUCACACCAGGAGUCUAUGGACAAAGACCAAAGGGGAACUUACAAAGAUGUGCCAACUGCCAGCAGUGAGGCCAGUGGCCACGCUUCUCACCCGAUCACCUCUGGGCACCUGUGCCCACCUGCACCCAGCAGCACAGGUCUAGGCUGUGUGGAGGCACAGCCCGUGCCCACCACGAUGCCUGCACCCUUGACCCUACACUCCCUUAGCACAGCCACCUUUGCCCAGCAGUGUGUAGGGGCAGCCCCUUCAGCAGGAAGUGUUGCCUGGCCUCCAUGCCACGUUGGCAGUGGUGUCUGUGCGCUCUCGGGAGGCUACCCUUACCCAGCUGUGCCAGGAGAGCAUGUGCAAAACCCUGUGGUCAUGGGCCCUUGUCUAGGGCCGAGUGUUGGCUCUGGACUGAUGGGGGCCUCUUCCCUCUGCCACCCGCACGCCAGUGCCCUCAGUCAGAGCCUGCUGCAUGCUGUCACAGCUUUCCCGGGACGGCCUCCUGGCGCAGGCAUUGAACUUGCUCCUUGGGAUUCAGGAGUGACAUCAGGAUUUGGGGCGGUGAAAGUGCCCGAGGAGCUGAAGUUCCCCCAUGCCUGCUGUGUGGGCCUCGCUGCACAGACCCACCUCAGUGUGUUCAACCCAACCGACCGCUGGCUCCAGGUCAGCAUCGGGCUUCUGAGUGUCAGCGUCAAUGGUGAGAAGGUGGAUCUUUCAACAUAUCGUUGUUUAGUUUUCAAGAAUAAAGUCAUCGUAAGACCUCAUGCCACAGAAGAGAUAAAAGUACUUUUUAUACCGUCCAAUCCUGGGAUUUUCAGAUGCACAUUCCGUGUUGCUUCUUGGCCGUGCUCCACAGACGCUGAGACAAUAGUGCAGGCGGAAGCGAUGGCCAGCACAGUAAUCUUUAGCGCCAUUGCCGAGAGUCCCAUCAUCGAGAUAGAAACAGAAAAGAAAGAUGUUCUUGAUUUUGGUGACUUGACCUACGGAAGCUGGAAAGCUCUCCCACUAAAACUGAUAAACAGGACACAUGCCUCUGUACCGGUCAGACUGAUCAUUAAUGCGAAUGCUAUAGCCUGGCGCUGUUUCACAUUUUCCAAGGAACCCAUCCAUGCUUCUGUGAAAGCCACUCCUUACACUGAUGUGGGGGCUCAGCUGCCAGGUCCCUCUGUGGUCAGUCACAUGAUGCCUGCCAGUUACAAUGGACAGGAUCCAGAAUUUCUGAUAAUUUGGGUUCUUUUCCAUAGUCCAAAGAAACGAAUCAGUACUUCAGAGAUUCUAGACUCAGCAGAAGAAUUUUUGGCAAAAGUUGAUGUAGAAGUUGACAGUCCGAACCCCACAACCAUCCUUGGAAGUGUUGGUCUCCGAGCACGAGCAGGAAUAGCUAGGAUACAUGCUCCUCGAGACUUACAGACUAUGCAUUUGUUGGCCAGUGUGGCUUCCUCAACAAAACAAAAUUUACCUUUGAAAAAUGCUGGAAAUAUUGAAGUUUAUUUAGAUAUCAAGGUCCCAGAACAAGGAAGUCACUUUUCAGUGGACCCAGAGAAUCUCUUUCUUAAGCCUGGAGAAGAACAUGAAGUUGUAGUUUCAUUUACUCCAACAGAUUUCAAAGCCUGUGAAGAAAGGAGCUUGAAAAUAUUUGUGCAGCCAUUUGGACCUCAGUAUGAAGUUGUGUUAAAAGGUGAAGUAGUUUCUUCAGGAAGUAAGCCUCUGCCACCUGGAUCUUGCUGUUCAGAUAUUCCAUUGAUUUUCUCCAACAAACAGUUUCUGGCUUGGGGCGGUGUUCCUCUUGGUAGAACACAGCUUCAGAAACUAGCUUUGAGAAAUAAUUCUACGUCUACCACCCAACAUCUCCGACUUCUCAUCAGAGGACAAGACCAAGACUGUUUUCAGCUCCAGAACACUUUUGGUUCAGAAGAGCGAUUGAGUAGUAUCUGUGAAAUCAGAAUUCACCCAAAGGAAGACAUCAUCAUAUGUGUGUUGUUUGCACCUACUCGAUUAUCUUGUAUGUUGGCUAAACUGGAAAUCAAACAACUUGGAAACCAGUCACAGCCAGGCAUUAAGUUCACAAUACCUUUGUCUGGAUAUGGAGGAACAAGUAAUCUUAUUUUGGAAGGUGUUAAAAAACUGUCUGACAGUUACAUGGUAACAGUGGAUGAUUUAAUACCUGGCAAAGAAAAUAGAAUUGUUUUUUCUGUCCGCAACACUGGCUCCCGAGCAGCUUUCGUUAAAGCAGUAGUUUUUAAGAAUCCUCAGAAAAAGGUUUUGCUGGAUCCUGAAGUACUGAGGAUUUUCCCUGAUAAAUUUGUACUCAAGGAAAGAACACAAGAAGAUGUUACUUUAAUAUAUAACCCAUCAGACAGAGAGAGCAAUUACAGAGGCACAACACAACUGUCAACUGUGUACUUCUUUGGUGGAGAUGAAAUCUCAAGACAGCAGUAUCGAAGAGCCUUGUCUCAUGAACCAGAAAUUAUAAAACAGAUACUUCCAGAGCAUAGUGUGCUGCAAAACAUUGAUUUUGUUGAAUCAUUUCAAGAUGAGCUACUAGUAACUGAAGUAUAUGAUCUUCCCCAGCGGCCCAAUGAUGUUCAGCUUUUUUAUGGAAACAUGUGUAAAAUUGUUCUUUCAGUAAUUGGAGAAUUCAGAGAUUCCAUUUCUAGUAGAGAAUUUCUCCAGUCUUCUUCCAGAGCUAGUUUGGAUUCUAAAAGUGACUCAGAAACCUCUGGAAAACACAGUGGCAAUGUCUCUUUGGAUGUUUUACCAGUUAGAGGUCCUCAAGGUUCUCAUCCAUCACAAGCUGCUCACCCACCUCAGGAUGCAUCUGCCUCUGAGGAGAUGUGGAUGGUCCAUCCUGAGCACCUGGUCCUGGUAGCCCCUUCUCCUUGUGACAUGGCAAAAACGACAUGUUUCCAGAUUGUAAAUAAUUGUGCCAGGCUGCUGAGAUUCGAGCUGUGCUGGCCAGCACAUUGUCUCACAGUCACACCACAGCAUGGCUUUGUCUCGCCAGAGAGUAAACUACAAAUUCUUGUGAGUCCUAACAACUCCUUAUCCACAAAACAGUCGAUGUUCCCAUGGAGUGGGCUGAUAUAUGUACACUGUGACAAUGGACAGAAGAAAAUUGUGAAAGUUCAAAUUCGAGAAGAUAUGACUCAAGAAGAACUUUUAACUCGUUUGGCCUCUAAACCUUUCGGAAUUCUUCCCCCAGUAUCUGAGCCUUCAGUUAGUCUUUUGGUAAAACCAAUGACAAAACCACCUUCCACGAAAGUUGAAAUAAGAAACAAGACUAUUACUUUUCCUAUGACAGAACCUGGUAAAACUUCAGUCUGCUGGCCAGCCUGCCGCCCUCCACCGUGGCACCCUGCACACCUACCACUCUGGUGCCAGGAACCCACUACCAUCAGCACCAUGCCCUACCCAUAUCCAGCACUGACCCCGGAGCAGAAGAAGGAGCUGUGUGACAUCCCUCACUGCAUCAUGGCUCUGGGCAAGGGCAUCCUGGCAGCAGAUAAGUCUACCGGGUGUAUUGCCAAGUGGCUGCAGUCCAUCAGCACUGAGAACACAGGAGAAUCAGCACUUGUACCACCAGCUGCUCCUGAUCACCCACCGUGUGAAUCCCUGCAUCUGGGGUGCAUCCUCUUCCAUGAGACGCUCUACCAGAAUGCAGAUGAUGGGCGUCCCUUCCCUCAAGUUAUCAAAUCCAGAGGUGGAGUUGUGGGCAUCAAUGUAGACAAGGGUGAAGUGCCCCUGGCAGGAACAAAGACCCUUGCCAUCAUGGAAAAUGCCAAUGUUCUGGCCCAUUAUGCCAGCGUCUGCCAGCAGAAUGGCACUGUGGCCAUUGUGGAGCCUGAGAUCCUCCCUGAUGGGGACCAUGACUUGAAGCGUUGUCAGUAUGCAACUGAGAAGAUUUCCAUCACGUUUUUGCCCAGGGAUAGAGGGGAUUAUGCCCAAUUUUGGGAUGUUGAAUGUCACCCUCUUAAAGAGCCUCACAUAAAACACACAUUGAGAUUUCAACUGUCUGGACAAAGUGCCAAAGCAGAAAAUGAGGGUGAAAACGUGUGCAUUUCCAGAGAUUCUCUCAUUAAAGUAGAUAAUUUAGUUAAGCCCCGAAGACAAGCUGUGUCAGAGGCUUCUGCUUUUCUACCUGUGCAGCUCCCCGCAGCCGUGCGUGGAGUCUACGCCCCGGAGGACUUGUACAGGUUCCUGCCCACCGCGGUGGGGGAGGCGCGGACGCUCAAGGUCAACCUGCGCAAUAACUCCUUCGUCACACGCAAGCUGAAGUUUUUAAGUCCCAGAGAGCCGUUCUAUGUCAGACAUUCCAAGUACUCCUUGAGAGCCCAGCACUACAUCAACAUGCCGGUGCAGUUCAGACCCACAGCAGCAGGCAAGUUCGAAGCUUUGCUUGUCAUUCAAACAGACGAAGGCAAGAGUGUUGGUAUUCGACUAAUUGGUGAAGCUAUUGGAAAAAAUUAAGUAGAAUAUAUUUUGCAUAAAGCAAAUGACACGUGUUAUAUUUUGAUAACUUCAUUUUUCUACACUGCAAUUAUGCUUUUUGUAUAUAUUUUUUAUGAUAAAUUGGACAUGUAUAAACUAUAGGUUUUUUGUUUUUAGAAGCUAAUACUGCAGACUUGAUUAAUACAUCAUGUAUCUAGCCUACAGUAUUGUACUCAGUUUUUACAGGAGAGAAGAGAAUUCUAUUUUUACAUUGAUUAUGAUGUUCUAAAUAAAUAUG